GGCUAUUGCUGUGGUUGGGGACUGUUAUCAAUCAAACUGGUUAAUUACAAAAACCCUGGCAGCACGUUAUUCAACGGAGAAUGCUGUGACACUGUGGGUUGGUGCCUCGAUCAGUGUGAAAAUUAUUUUAAAUUCUGUGUCACUGCACUUGGUUCUCUGAAAACCUGUAAUCUCGGUUCUACUGAGACAAAAGUACUCGGGAAUGACGACUUUAGUUUCCCUGGCGUUGGAGGAAGUCUGGGAACAAAUUUGCAAAAUCCGCUGACAUACAACUUCUCUUCUUGGCAGGUACAAACCCUUAACAGAAGGUAGAGCAGAUUUUAAUUGGGCCCAAUGUUUUUUUAACCGGGUGUGACUUCUUUUACGUUGUUUCAAUCAGUGAUCUGUCUAGAGAACUCAUGACAGCCUUGUUACAAUUUAUUACAACUACGAAACAGAUGUCGAGUCCAAAUAUUAUCUGUUUAAUAAGCUGAAUAAUACACGCAUUUUCAGUUGUUCUUACUUUUGAUAAUUUUGAGGACAGACGAUUGAUGACGUCACUUUGAGGAACGUUUUCUCUCUUUCUUAUGUAAAACCAAGAUGAAGAUUCAAUGUUGCCAUAUAUUUGUUCGGCAGAAGAUCACAGAAGAUAUGUAAGACGUCAAAAAUUUGGCAAGAAUUUCAGUCGCAUACUUGGCUGCGCCGCUCUAUUACUUAGCAAACUUUCGGCAACAGGGAAUCAUUUUGUUGAACAGAUAUCAGAUACUAUCUGAUCGAAGAGAGCAGGAGUUGCUAAGUUCUCAAGGCUAUAAAGACAUUCGCGUCUCGUUUUUUCUUUUUUACCCUGAGCUGUCAAAGGCUCCUCGUGAUAUUCUUCUUUGCCCUAAUUAGUCGUUUUGAUUUUUUUGGUUUGGCUGUUCAACACCGAGCUGCAGGGGAUUUGGGACGAGAGUUAAGUUGUAAUCUUAAUUAGUGAUCAUUUGCCUUAUAGUCUGAGUUUUGCACAUUCACGCUAGAAAAACAAACAUGAGAAACCAACAGAAUAGCAACAGUUGAUAUUCUCUUGGAGAAACACUUUACCAAGCCUGGAGAUCUUAGAGACUUCCUCAGUUAGCAUACGUGUUAUUAACGGUGGGUAAACGAUGGCUGGUUCUUUUAUUUUCCAAUCUAAUGGUGUUUUCUCUAGUUUUAUUCUGAGUAUUUUCUUUUUUUUCCCAGGGAAGUACGGUUGUGGUGGAAGUCUGGGAUGACGACGGUAGUCAGAUCGUUGGAAAACUUCAUGAUUUUGUGGACAAGUACACUUUAACGAUAACUCGUGACGCUGAUCCGGAUCCAAAAUUUGUCACACAAGAAAUAAAGACGUUAUGCGGUAAACGGUCGUGUAUGACCGUGACAGUCACGCUACAUUGUGCCACCAGUUAUCUGGUACCCGACUGUGGAAUGUAUUGUGUGUCACGUAACGAUAGUCUUGGUCACUACCACUGUAACUAUACUGCCGGGCGGAAGGAGUGUGACGAAGGAUGGUAUGAUCCUUCAACGGAUUGUGUAAAGAAGAAGAAGGUGUGUGCUUCUAGGAAUGACUCCUCAGGACAUUACUCUUGUGAUCCUGUCAGUGGAGAGAAAUUCUGCCUAGAUGGGUGGACUGGGGAUAACUGUACACAAGGUAACGGAUCUCUUAAAGUGGCGAUGCAGAGUUAACAUUUUUUCCUGAGUGUAACUUAGACAUGGGGGGAAAGUCCUACAACGGUGUCCUAUGGAACCAAGGAGCAUAAUGGGACAUUUCCUAUAAAAGUCUUUUUUACUUUCCCGUAAUAAAAGUGGAGAACUCGGCCCUUGAGCUGUGACAAAACCACUCUUAGUAAGGUAGAAAAGAAUGUAUUUGAAUUAUUUAUAACUUUGUUUGUUUUCAGUUUGUCCUUUUCCGUCUUGUGAAUCAAGCUGGUUCAAGUCUACAACAGAGCAAAUCUCCCCUCAAAGCUCUCUAACAUUAAAAGUGAGGACAUCUAUAACAACACCUGAGAUGACGAAGUAUACCACACUAACUACCACAAAACAAUCUGCAGCGAAUCUCACUCCUUUAUCGAGAAGUUAUUUAACUGCGAUACAGACGCUUUUACUCCGUUCUUCAACCUCUCAUCCUUUAACUGAAGGCCCAGUGAGCACCAGUCAUGAGACAUUUGAAACGUGUCUACAGUUCUCAACUUCAUCGCUCACCCAAACUGACACUAUAAAGAAGAGUAUUUUGGCUGUUCAUGUUUGGUCCAGUCAUUCAACACCAACGCUUCAAUCAAAUCUGUCAUCAACUCUGUCUUCGCUUUCAUCAUUAUCAACAACCUCUUCAUCAAAAUCACCAUUUUUACCCCCAUCCUCCACGUUUCUCAUUCAAAUACUUGCGCAUGCUUCCAUAUCUUUCUCUACUACAUCGCCGACCACAUGUGCAUCGACUUUCCAUUAUGUUCCCAGUCUUACAUCCUCGCUUGAUCAAAAUCCUACUUUCGUGCUGGUUCCCAGUCCCACUUUCUCGCUGUUUUUCAAUCCCACAUUCUCGAUGAAUCCCAGCCCAAGUGCAGGCCGUCCAAAAAAUGGCGUAGAAAUUGAAAUGAGACCUGGGUACAAUGUAAGUAACUAUUUUUCUUUAAUCACUUUUUUUCUAAGAGUAUCGAGUAAUUUGAAAGUGAUGGUAAUGCUUAUCUUGUGAAUAAAAAUAGUAGCAUGCCAUUGACAGCUUCUAGAGCACUCCUUUUACUCGGCGUUUAGUUUGGGACAAAAUUUGCGAUCCGACCUCGACAGUGAACCAGCUAUCCAGACUGACAAAAGAGUGACAGAUACUUUAAUUUCCACAAGAAGAAGUCUUACUGUAGUCAUUAAACUCGAGGCUCAGUAUUUAUCUAAGAAGUGGAACGCACGAGAACACGAAAAAAGUGUAAAUCACGAGCCAGGGGCAAGUAAAUUUUAAAUUUUUCGAGUAUUCUUCUUAUUGCACCGCUAAAGCGAUAGAAAGUGCGGUGUACGUGCUAUUAUAAAACAAAACACAGUAUUUUUCCAUUUUCCUUGGGUUUACCGGUGCAAUUAACGAAUCAUAGAUUUUCGACCAAUCAGGGCGCUCGUAUUAUCUCAGUUAUCUUCCACCUCCUCCAACAGUCUCUUCGCCUUUUCUCAUCUCCUCUCUCUCCCAUUUCCUCAUAUCCUUACCUUUCCUCUUUUACUUACUGUCCUUACUAGAUUCUACAUCACUUCAACUGUUUUUAGGGUUUCCGCACAUGCACGCACUGUAUCAACCCUUUUACGAUAAUUGUAUAUUAUUUCAUAUGUUUUCUUUUGCAGUGGACAAGAGAAAGUGAGGAACAAGUUAAACGAGAGUUGAUUAGUACUAUCAAUAAAUUCUGUAUGAAGCAUUUACGGCCGUGUCAAAUUACUACGAACGCAACCUUAAACAGGUAACGAAAUAAGCUGUGAUGUCUUGGAAUUCAAGACGGUAUUAGUAACUUAUAAUUUAGGGUAGGCAACGAUCUGUUGUUGCUUGGAGUGCUUGUCGUUUGGUUGUCGUAAAAACAACACCAAAGUGAUCACAACGACAGAUCAGAAGAAAGAUGAAAAACCUUCGGAGCCCGCAAUGACAACUCAUAUUAAAAACAACCAAAUUACCGAGAGCGCGGGAAGACGCGGGUGACUAAGUGGCGAUUGAUUUUAGUUUUGCAUCUGAUUGGUUGAGAGAGAGUGGCGCGAGUUUUCUGAACCAAUCACAGAGCGAAGUAAAGCAAAAGCAAAGCAAUCCAAGAUUACUUUUGACGCUCAAUAAAAAGUUGCUCUAUCUUGCCUGUGAUACACACAUGGCAAAAUAAAUUUUCUGAUAUUUUACUCUGAUCCCAAAUCACUUAGAAACCUUUCGAGAUAUAUUCCCGUCACUAUUGUUUUUUUUUUGUUUGUUUUUUUUCUCAAGAACGGUAUUUAACAUGUCACAUGUCGUUUUGAAAGUUGUGCAUGGCUUAGACGGGAAAGUCUACGUCCGAUGUAAAGUGAAGAUUCCCAUGAACGUACCACAUGUACCCAGCUCAGGUGAGGUCCAGUUAUAAUUGUGCCUUAAAUUAUAAUACCUCGUUUUGUUUGCGUCGCAGGUGUGUAGAAAUUGCUCAUUGAUGGGUUUUUACUAUUCUAUGCUGUCUGUAGUAAUGACUUUUUUUUCGGUUGCAUUGCAUUCCCCCACGCAAAAAUUCAUGGUGUUCUUGCGUGUAUCUGCUCCUUUGAGGUAUAUAUUCUAUGUGAAAAAACUAUUUAUUUCGCACAUACUGAGAUUUACACUGUGAAGUGUUAAUGUUCGUGUCUUUGACUGGACGAACGAUAUAAUUUCACAGUCGUUCCCUUCAAAUCUUUGAAAUGUGUUGGUCAUUUCUCAGUAGGAAUGAAACGAAAACAUCAUUGCAAAAAAAUGCUUGCACAAGUUUUAUUCACUCGUUGCGAUGCAUGAAAAAACUCGUUCGUUUGCUGCGCCCACUCGGUCGUUUUUUUUUUAUGCAUCGCAACGAAUAAAAAUCGUGCAAGCCCUUUCCAUGGAAUAAUCUCUGUUAUUUCGUCCUGAGACUAGGAUUAGAAAAAGAUAUCUACGUUUUUUUUUCUUUCUUGUAUUUCAUUCUUUUCAAGGAUACUUGCCAUCUGUUGUGCUCAAACGAAUAAUUUUGGAGAGCAAAACGCCUUUGGAGAAGAAUCUUGACGCAAAGAUUGUGACUGUCAAGGAGAUCGGUUGGGACCAACCAAAUCCUUCCCCCGUAAAACCGUCGUCCGCUAGUUCCAGUAUCAUUAGGACGAUCACAGUCCAACCAACCACCAGGCAGACUCACUAUCCCAGCUUCCUUCCAUAUUUCUUGGUGGGCCUGUGUUUGCUUGCCGGACUGAUAGUGAUUGUUGCAUUUUACAGGUAACUGAUUCUGGAACCCUUUGCCAGUUUCUCAGUUCAAUAAAGCGAUGCACAAAUAAUCCACAAAUGAAAAUGCACCCUUGAAUCACAAAUGGAAUGAGCGUUCAUGCAUUUCCACCACAAACCAUUUUCAUUUCUACUUGUCUUAGAAGGAGCAAGUUACGUCAAGCCAGAGUGCUGCCUGAACCAGAGUGCCCCACAGAGGAAGAACUGUUGGUCUUACCAAACAGGAAAUCAAUAGUGCGACCAUUUUCAGCUCCGACUGGUACAACAAGAAGGGUACGGCAGGGUUUCCAGUGAUCAAAAUAUUUUGCAAGGUUUUUCAGGGUUUAAAUAGUAUUGAAUACGUCGAGUGUUAAAAAGAACAAUUAGUAGGUCCAAGAUUGCAGUAAUUAUUAAAAAUUGCAUGUUACGGAACCACAUUAGUUUGCUUUCGCUGAAGUUGAUCUUCCGAUUUUUAUUUCACCAGGAUAACUUUCACAACGACUCCCAGUUGCUUCACGAAAGUUCAGAAGGCUCCAGUAGACGUCAGAAAUACGUAACCUUUCGAUCAGAAUCGCGUCUUCACGAAUUAAAUAACCUUUAUGUGAAGUCACUAAAUAACAACAAAGACUCUGUCGAUACUUGCCACGAAGAGAAAAACUUAUUCCUGUCGUUUGAGAGACUGCAAGAACUCACUUUGCCAGGGGUUUUCAUCAAAGAUAAGGAUGAACACCCCUGA